AUGAUUGCUUCUAAAAUUUGUUCAAUUACCAUUGCAUUGUAUUUGGUUUCAUGCUUGUUUUCGGCUGUUUUAGUCGAUUCGGCUAAAGUCAAGUGUGAUAAAAAAGCUUUAAAGAAAGAAUUCAAUAUAGAUAAACAAGAAUUUGUGGUCUUGCUUGAACAUAAUAAAGGAUCAACCUCUGCCGCUUCCGAUGAUUCAGAAAAUACGGCAAUCCUUAAACAACAUUUGAAUUUUUUUAAAGACUGCUUGGACAUAGAUCCUAAACCACUUUUAGAUAAAAAUGAUGGGAAAAUUUCCACAAAGAAAACUUCACCGGAUACAGUAUUGCAUUUUUCUGGUGGCAACCUUUUUGGUUAUAUUGGUUUUUUUAAUCCUCGAUUAAUUGAACAACAAAUCAAAUCAUUACCUAAUAUUAAAUUAGUUGAAAAGGUAACAGAAGUUAAAGCCUUCGCUCCUGUACAAAAUAAUGGUGGUAGUACAACCGUUAGUACUUCAUUUUAUGACUUGGAUCGUAUAGAUCAAAGAGAUAAUAAAUUAAAUGGAAAAUACACUUUUCCUAGUUCAGCUGGUGGAAAUGUAAAUGUCUACGUGGUUGACACUGGCAUAAAUUCAAAAAGUAAAACGGAAUUUGGCGAUCGUGUCAGAUUUGGUUUUUUUUGUUCUAAAUGUGCUCCAAUAGAUGAUAAUGGCCAUGGCUCAGCAGUUGCAAGUGUUAUUGGUGGUAGCAGUUUCGGUGUAGCGAAAAAAGUUAAUCUUAUAGCUGUCAAAGUGCUUACUGCAUCAGGAACAGGAACUAGUAGUGAUGUUAUUGCCGGUUUAUUAUUUGUAUUAAAUGAACAUAGAGCAAACAGGAAUAAAAAUACAGUUGUUAAUAUGUCAUUGGGUGGCGGAUUUUCUCAAGCAUUAAACAAUGCAGUUCAAACUCUCACAGAUGCAGGUAUACAUGUUAUCGUAGCUGCCGGAAAUGAUGCAAUUAAUGCUUGUAAGGUCUCACCUGCAAGUACACCAUCAGCAAUUACAGUGUGCGCAACUGAAAAGACAAGUGAUUCAAUUACUAAUUUCUCAAAUUUUGGAUCUUGCGUUGACAUUUGUGCUCCCGGUAGAAAUGUUCCUUCACUUUUCCUUGGCACCAUACCUAGAGAAUUAUCUGGUACAAGCCUCUCAUCUCCGCUAGUUGCGGGUGCUGUUGCUUUAAAAAUCAGUGCUUUUGGUAAUCUUAGUCCUUCAAAAAUGGCCGCUAGAUUAUUUUCUGAUAGUACCAAAAAUAUUAUUACAGGAUUACCAGCUGGCACACCAAAUAGAUUUUUAUUUGUUUCUCAAAAAAGAUGA